AUGGGGGCUACAACGGCGGCGAGGUCAGGCCAGGCGGCGGGGGCCGCAGGGAGGCUGGCGACGGUGGGACUAGGCCAGGGAGUAGCAGCGGAGGUGGGUCGUGAGCUGAGUGUGGCGGUGGGGCUGGGAGGGGUAGCAGCUAGCGGUGGGCCGGGAGCAGAGCGCGAUGAGGUGGCCAGGGAGCGGCGCUCAGGUGGUGGAUGGGUGGCGCUCCGGUGGCUGGGAGGAGCUCCAGUGGCUAGGUGGCAGUUUCUAGUGACGGCAAGGCCAAUGGGCGCUGCGGGUGGCGGGUCUAGGUCGGGCAUCAGUGGGGGCUAUAGCAGCGGCGAGGCUGGGGCGAGCGGCGGGUGCCGCAGGGAGGCCAGCGGCGGUGGAGCUGGGCCAGGGAGUAGCGGCAGAAGUGAGCCGUGA